AUGCCCCCAGGCAUUUACUGCCCUAUGGAAUUCUGGUCCAAGGGGGAAAACCAAAACAUCCAGGUGGACUUUCUGCUGCCCACAGGAAUAUACUUAAACCUCUCUGUGUCCUGCAAUGCCAGCUUGGGCACCAUCAAGCAGGUGGUGUGGAAGCACGCUCAGUAUGAGCCGCUCUACCAUAUGCUCAGCGAUCCCGAGGCCUAUGUCUUCACCUGCAUCAACCAGACCGCGGAACAGCAAGAGUUGGAGGACGAGCAACGGCGGCUUUGUGACAUCCAGCCCUUCCUACCGGUACUGCGGCUCGUGGCUCGAGAAGGUGACAGAGUCAAGAAGGUUAUUAACUCCCAGAUCAGCCUGCUCAUUGGAAAAGGUUUGCAUGAGUUCGACUCUGUGCAGGAUCCAGAGGUGAACGAUUUCCGCACCAAAAUGUGCCAGUUCUGUGAGGAGAGAGCAGCAAAGCGGCAACAGCUCAGCUGGGCAGCUUGGAUGGAGUACAACUUCCCCUUGCAGCUGGAGCCCAUGGCCAGAGGCCUUGGGACUGGCCUUCUACAUAUUCCCACCAAGAACAUUUUUGUCAACGUCAAGUUUCAGUCUGGCGGGGAGAGCUUCACUUUCCAGAUCUCCCCAGAGGAGUUCCCCAUCACAUUAAUGAGCUAUGCUAUCAAGAAGCAGGCUACUGUCUUCCGCCAUGAGACAGUGGAGAACCCAGAGGACUACACCCUGCAGGUGAAUGGGAAAUGUGAAUACCUCUAUGGGAAUUACCCCCUGUACCAGUUCCAGUAUAUCCGCAGCUGCCUGCACCGAGGCCUAACGCCCCACCUGACCAUGGUACACUCCUCCACUAUCAUUGCUAUGAGAGAUGAACAAACCAACUGUAUUGCCAGCCCCCCCAAGAUGUCUGCCAAGCCUCCCCCGCUCCCUAAGAAAAAGCCAAACUACGGGUCUCUCUGGUCCUUAGAGCAGUCUUUCUACAUUGAGCUGGUGCAAGGCAGCAAGGUCAAUGCAGAUGAGAGAAUGAAGCUGGUGGUGCAAGCAGGUCUCUUUCAUGGCAAUGAGAUGCUGUGCAAGACAGUGUCAAGCUCUGAAGUGAAUGUAUGCUCAGAGCCAGUGUGGAAGCAGAGGCUGGAUUUUGAUAUUAACAUCUGUGAUCUUCCCCGUAUGGCGCGGCUCUGCUUUGCCCUCUAUGCUGUCAUCGAGAAGGCGAAGAAGGCACGUUCCACCAAGAAGAAGUCCAAGAAAGCUGACUGCCCGAUCGCCUGGGUGAAUGUCAUGCUCUUUGACUAUAAGGACCAGCUGAAAACAGGGGAGUGCUGCUUGUACAUGUGGUCCUCCUUUCCAGAUGAGAAAGGGGAACUUCUGAACCCCAUGGGCACGGUACAAUGCAACCCCAACACAGAAAGUGCAGCAGCCUUGGUCAUCUGCUUCCCCAGCAUUGCAUCGCAUCCUGUGUAUUACCCGUCAUUUGAGCAGCUGCUGGAGUUGGGGAGGAAUGGAGAACAACCCCGUGCUGCACUAGAAGAUCCUGAGGAGCAGAAGCUGCAACUGAAGGAGAUACUGGAGCGGAGGAGCCACACGGAACUAUAUGAGCAUGAGAAAGACCUGGUGUGGAAGAUGAGGUACGAUAUCCGUGACCAGUACCCACAAGCUUUGGCAAAGCUGCUUAUCAUCACCAAAUGGAACAAGCAUGAAGAUGUUGCCCAGAUGAUUUCCCUGCUUCAGACCUGGCCAGAGUUGCCUGUCCUGAAUGCCUUAGAGCUGCUGGAUUUUAGCUUUCCUGACCGUUAUGUUGGUUCCUUUGCUAUCAACUCAUUAAAGAAGCUGACAGAUCACGAAUUGUUCCAAUACCUGCUACAGCUUGUCCAGGUGCUUAAGUAUGAAUCCUACUUAGACUGUGAAUUAACCAAGUUCCUGCUGGACAGGGCGUUAUCCAACCGCAAGAUCGGCCACUUCCUCUUCUGGCAUCUGAGGUCAGAAAUGCACGUUCCUGCAGUUGCCUUAAGGUUUGGCCUGAUCCUGGAAGCAUACUGCAGAGGCAGCACCCACCAUAUGAAAGUUUUGAUGAAACAGGGAGAAGCACUCAACAAGAUGAAAGCUCUGAAUGACUUUGUUAAACUGAGUUCUCAGAAGACCACCAAGCCUCAAACCAAGGAGAUGAUGCAUGUGUGCAUGAAGCAGGAAACUUUUCUUGAAGCACUUUCCCACCUCCAGUCACCCCUGAACCCCAACAUUAUCCUCGCUGAAGUUUGUGUGGAUCAGUGCACCUUUAUGGACUCCAAAAUGAAACCUUUAUGGAUUGUGUUUAAUAAUGAAGAGACAGGUAGAGGCGGAGUGGGCAUAAUUUUUAAAAAUGGAGAUGAUCUUCGUCAGGACAUGCUGACUCUGCAGAUGAUCCAGUUGAUGGACAUCCUGUGGAAGCAGGAGGGCCUGGACCUGCGGAUGACCCCUUAUGGCUGCCUCUCCACAGGAGACAAGACUGGACUGAUAGAAGUAGUCAUGCAUUCAGACACCAUUGCCAACAUCCAGCUGAACAAGAGCAACAUGGUGGCCACUGCAGCCUUCAACAAGGAUGCACUGCUGAACUGGCUAAAAUCCAAGAACCCUGGUGACGCAUUAGAACAAGCUAUAGAGGAGUUCACUCUUUCCUGUGCUGGGUACUGCGUGGCAACAUAUGUGCUGGGGAUAGGUGACCGGCACAGUGAUAACAUCAUGAUCCGGGAAACUGGACAGCUGUUCCAUAUUGAUUUUGGUCACUUUUUGGGGAACUUCAAGACUAAAUUUGGUAUUAAUAGAGAACGAGUUCCUUUCAUCUUAACCUACGACUUUGUGCAUGUCAUCCAGCAAGGAAAAACUAACAACAAUGAGAAGUUUGAAAGAUUCAGGGGUUAUUGUGAAAAAGCCUAUAUGAUCCUGAGGCGCCACGGUCUUCUCUUCCUGCACUUGUUUGCACUGAUGAAAGCUGCUGGCCUGCCAGAACUGAGCUGCUCUAAAGACAUUCAGUAUCUAAAGGAUUCCCUAGCUCUUGGGAAAACAGAUGAGGAGGCACUGAAGCACUUCAGACUGAAGUUUAAUGAAGCCCUGCGAGAGAGCUGGAAAACCAAAGUGAACUGGCUGGCACACAACGUAUCCAAAGAUAACAGGCAGUAGAGCAACAUCAGCCUGCACUCUUGCUCCAACAGAAUGUAAUACCUGCACUGAGUCCAGCAAUCAUAGACAGGUUUUUAAAGACUGAUGAAUGUUGCCAUGUUGAAGACCCCGCACCUGCGU